UCCCACCCCCCCCCAGAUGAAUCAACUCCUAAGGAAGUCAGCAGGUACCAAGAUACAAACAUGCAGGGAGUUGUAUAUGAGCUGAACAGCUAUAUCGAGCAACGGCUGGAUACAGGAGGGGACAACCACCUGCUGCUCUAUGAAUUAAGCAGCAUCAUAAAAAUAGCCACAAAAGCUGAUGGAUUUGCACUGUAUUUCCUUGGAGAGUGCAAUAAUAGUCUCUGUGUGUUCAUACCACCUGGAAUAAAGGGAGGACAGCCCAGGCUCAUCCCUGCUGGGCCUAUCACCCAGGGCACCACCAUCUCUGCUUAUGUGGCCAAGUCCAGAAAAACGCUGCUUGUAGAAGACAUCCUUGGGGAUGAGCGAUUUCCAAGAGGUACUGGACUGGAAUCGGGGACUCGGAUCCAGUCUGUUCUUUGCUUGCCUAUUGUCACUGCGAUUGGGGACUUGAUUGGUAUUCUGGAGCUGUAUCGGCACUGGGGCAAGGAAGCCUUCUGUCUCAGUCACCAGGAGGUUGCAACAGCCAAUCUUGCCUGGGCUUCAGUAGCAAUACAUCAGGUACAGGUGUGCAGAGGUCUUGCCAAACAGACGGAAUUGAAUGACUUUCUACUGGAUGUAUCAAAAACAUAUUUUGACAACAUAGUCGCAAUAGAUUCUCUACUUGAACACAUAAUGAUAUAUGCAAAGAACCUGGUGAAUGCCGACCGUUGUGCGCUCUUCCAGGUGGACCAUAAGAACAAGGAGCUAUAUUCGGACCUUUUUGACAUUGGAGAGGAGAAGGAAGGGAAACCUGUCUUCAAGAAGACCAAAGAGAUAAGAUUUUCAAUUGAGAAAGGAAUUGCUGGCCAAGUAGCAAGAACAGGGGAAGUCCUGAACAUUCCAGACGCCUACGCAGAUCCACGCUUCAAUAGGGAAGUGGACUUGUACACGGGCUACACCACGCGAAACAUCCUCUGCAUGCCCAUCGUGAGCCGAGGCAGUGUGAUCGGCGUGGUGCAGAUGGUGAACAAGGUCACCGGCAGCGCCUUCUCCAAGACGGACGAGAACAACUUCAAGAUGUUUGCUGUCUUCUGUGCUCUGGCCCUGCACUGUGCGAACAUGUAUCACAGGAUCCGUCACUCGGAGUGCAUCUACCGGGUCACCAUGGAGAAGCUGUCCUAUCACAGCAUCUGUACCGCCGAGGAGUGGCAGGGCCUCAUGCGCUUCACCCUCCCCGGCCCUCUGUGUAAAGAGAUCGAGCUAUUCCACUUUGACAUCGGUCCUUUUGAAAACAUGUGGCCCAGAAUUUUUGUCUAUAUGAUUCAUCGUUCCUGUGGGACCUCCUGCUUUGAGCUUGAGAAGUUGUGCCGUUUUAUCAUGUCUGUGAAGAAGAACUAUCGUCGGGUUCCGUACCACAACUGGAAGCACGCCGUCACUGUGGCUCACUGCAUGUUCGCCAUACUUCAGAACAACAGUGAGCUGUUCACAGACCUCGAGCGCAAAGGACUGCUGAUUGCCUGUCUGUGUCAUGACCUGGACCACAGGGGCUUCAGUAACAGCUACCUGCAGAAGUUUGACCACCCGCUGGCAGCUCUGUACUCCACCUCCACCAUGGAGCAGCACCACUUCUCCCAGACAGUGUCCAUCCUGCAGCUGGAAGGGCAUAACAUUUUCUCCACGCUGAGCUCCAGUGAGUAUGAGCAGGUGCUCGAGAUCAUCCGCAAAGCCAUCAUCGCCACCGACCUUGCCCUGUACUUCGGAAACAGGAAGCAAUUGGAGGAGAUGUACCAGACCGGAUCGCUUAACCUUCACAAUCAGUCUCAUAGAGACCGCGUAAUUGGUUUGAUGAUGACUGCCUGUGAUCUUUGUUCUGUGACAAAACUGUGGCCAGUUACAAAAUUGACAGCAAAUGACAUCUAUGCUGAAUUCUGGGCUGAGGGUGAUGAAAUGAAGAAGUUGGGGAUACAACCCAUUCCUAUGAUGGACAGGGACAAGAGGGAUGAAGUCCCACAAGGCCAGCUUGGAUUCUACAAUGCUGUAGCCAUUCCCUGCUACACCACGCUGACCCAGAUCCUCCCUCCUACAGAGCCCCUCCUGAAAGCGUGCAGGGAUAACCUCAGUCAGUGGGAGAAGGUGAUCCGUGGGGAGGAGAGUGCACUCUGGAUCUCAGCCCCGGCAGCUGCCCCAGGGACCUCUGAGAAGCUACCUGUGAAGAUCGACGACUGACGGCUGCUGACAGGUGCCCUGCCCAGUGAUUCUCAUCCUGCUUCUCUGACUUUCCUUUUAUGUUUGAGGGGAACCUACACCCAGUAACUGGGGUGCAGACCUCUUCUAGAAGGUACCAUCGAGCAUACAUGUCCAUCUGCUGGUUGCCUACCAGGCUCAACGUACAGUGAGCCACCAGGACGGCCAGUGUGCAGACAUCAGCUGGCCCAGUGACUCCACCCGACCUCGGACACCCUUUCCUAACAUGCUGGCAUCACAGAGGCCCUCGUGGAAAUGGACAAAGGGCACUUCCCCUUGUCUCUCCACAAGGGUGUGAACGGUAUCUGCCGUGUAAUGCACUCGCCUUGAACACCAGUGUUGCUUUGGUGGUGUUGGUUAUAAAUAGGUGUUUUAGACAUUGCUGUUGUGAAUGUUCACAUGUGACUUCCUUGUAUUCACUUGAGUCGUAGCCCACAGCCUCCGGACAUGUGUCAGGAAGCUUACAGAGUAAGAUAG